GCUUCAAACAUGCGGCCGCAAGCAGAAGACAGGAGGAAAGGUCACUAAUCAUGCAAGUGGCCGAGCCAGCCGGCGAGCGGGGCGGCAGUGGACCAGUCGCCAGGCCACGUGCGCCCGGCCGGACUAGGGGAAGUCUGGCUGCCUGGUUGGCACGCUGGGAUGGCGGAAAAGAAGUGGUGCGUGCCCGCCUACUCUCCUCCAUGCUCGAGGCUCACGCUGGAGAGAGCGUGGCCGAGUUGGAAGUGGCACUGGGUCCUGGGGGAGCGAGUCUGGUCCUGGCACGCCUUGGAGCCUGGCUCCGCGUCACAUACCUGUCACGAACGUGUCUUCUCUUGCAGCUACGGGUGCUGUCCUUGUUCCUGUGUGCCUCAGGGGGGCGGCAGCUUGUGUUGGAGUUUGCAGAGUGUGGGGGCACCUCGGCGCUGUUGGAGAUCAUUGCAAACUCCAGCAAGGGAGGCGAGGCAGAGUGUGCGGUCGCGCUGGAGAUCCUUCUGGCCACGUGCACCUCCACUGGCCGCAUGCUCAAGGAGCUGCUCUGCCAAAGCCACGGUGUGCGCAUUGUGGCGGAGUGCUUGGCGCGCAUGGAAGGUGAAGCAUCAAGAAAAGCCGCCCGCUUGCUGCUAGAGGCUCUGGCCUUUGGGAACCCCAAGUACCAAUGUCACGUGACAUACGCACUAAUUGCCCUGCUAUCCUGCCGAGCUGCACACGCAAAGCACGCCGCCCUACAAACCCUGCGCACUCUACAGCCCCUUGUGAAGAAUGCACAUCCAAUCUUGAUGAAGCCUCUUCUGCAAGUGCUGUCCUCACCACACCUGGACGUUCAAUACGAGGCUAUAGCGCUGAUUACGGAGCUGAUGGAGAGCCCUCUGCAUUCAAACCUGCUGUCUGGACUGUUGGCUUUGCUAAAGCCUGGCCCUCUUGAUCAAGACCAAUCUGCACCUGCAAUAUUGCAUGACCCAGCCACUCCGAGACUCCUUGAGCCGCUGCCAGUCUAUGUUCAACAAGCGGCGGCAGCCAAGGCAAUCAGUGCCCUGUGUGCAGCGUCUCAGCAGUGGGCCAGUGAACUUAUUGACCUGGAUGCAGCGCAUUACCUGCUGGUGGCCAUGGGGAACCAGCACUAUGUCCACAGCAGGUGGCAGGCCAUGAAGGCACUGAAGAUGUUGUUGCAGGUGUGUCCCGAGAUGGAAGACCCUGUCAAAACAUCCAUGGGAGAGGCUCUGUACGCAUCCUUUCUGCACAAUAUGGACACGCUCAGUGUGAAUAUGGACGCUGUGCAAGCGGAUAUCCUCUCAUCCAACAAGCUGCGAUCCCAACCGCUGGGCUCGUAGCCGUGCACCACUUUUAAAUGAAUUACUACUCCUAGAACCUGUUGCUCUGCAAUGGCAAAUGAGAGACGGCUGACGCGUCUCAUACCCUUCUCACUGUGACGACGUGAUAGAGAAUUUUCAUCCACCAACAUCGAGUUUGUCCGGGGGUACCGCUGGUUUUGCAUGUUUGUGAGAGUAAGAGUUGGGAUGUGUUUAAUAUGCUGAUGUUUUAUGUGGAUGAGACGGACGCGUUCACGAGCCGGAUUUGGUUUCAAAACACGCGUUCGUCAAACAGAAUCAUCCUCGAAUAAUACCCUAAACAGUUCAUCGCAGGCAAGACGACAUUGUUUUUAAAAUUAAAAUCAAGUUUAAUUUAAUGAAACAAUGACAGUAGAAAGUACAUUGCCCGACUUUAUAUCUUAAAACGAAAAAAACCUAGCAUCUUUUAAGGGUUAAAAUCGGUGAAUACAGAGAUGGCAGAAUGCGAAAAACAUCGGCGUGUGAAUGGGGGAAAACUCAACUUUGUUACAUUUCAGAUGUUGCUAUAAAUAUAAAACAAAAAGACAACUGAAGGCUUAUUAUUGGAAUACAUCUAAAAUAGUUUAAAUGUUAUUUAGUAGACACGCAAUUCUUACAAAUUCAUCAAACAUACUUAGAAACAAGGUGCCCCUGUGCUAAUUCCCAGUAAGCUGGCAGCAUUUCAGCCUAAUACACACUAUUUACAAUUUUAAUACAGUAGACUCUUGAUUAUACCCGCUAAUGACGGGGAGGACGACCACGGAUUAUUCACAAUCGCAGAUAAUCCAAACAUUUCUAUUUUAUGCGGAUCUAUGCCCAAAAACCACUCGUAUACAAUUGACCGAUCGAUGCGCGUGCUCAGUGAUAACACUUUGCUGCUCCUGCGCAGAAGCCACGCCAAUGAACAUCAAUCAAACUCUGCCCACUGUUGGAAAGAUAUGCAACUACUGUACUGUAGAGGCGAUCACGUGGAUAGUCGGAUUAACCGGAGCAACAUAUUUGUUCGGUUUAAGCACGCGACAUGUGAUAAACAUUUCCAAGAGUAACAAACCAUAACUUGUUUUUAGAUGAUUAAUUUGGGCUGAAGUGAAAAUUCACGAGUUACUAAUUUAUGUGCACGGUUAAGACGCAAAUCGGAAAAACCACACGGAUAAAUCGAGAGUCAACCUGUAGUUAAUGUUUGCAUAAAAUAUUUGCAUAAAUAUAAAAAACACCACUUUCCCAAAAAUAAAGACAGGUCAGCAUUUUGCUGAUGGUGUGAAGGCCACAAUGGAGAGGGAGUGCCUUUGGCCAACUCAAUGGGAAACCAGGCGCCAUGUCAAGUUACGCUCCAUCCACGUUUCUAGUACGAUACAAGCAUUGAACAUUAACAUUCGAAAAAUAGUCAUGUAAUCACGUAAAUGCUCUGUCUACAUCUGCACAGGACACGGGAACCUGGUUUCACACGAACACAUUUCCAAAUUAUGUUCACUAAAAUCUAAAAAAAAAUUAUAAUAUUUUCCUUUUAAUAGUGCACACUGCGGGAAGCAACCAGAUGCAUCACGUGCUACAGAGCAUGCUACAGAGCAUGUGAUGCAUGAGCAGCGAGCGAAUGAUGUACGCCCAGGGAUACUUUUUUUUUAAACAGUUGACAAGCGCAGCACCAAAGGGAUAAAAACGUUAAGCAGCCAACCACGAAUAGCGCUAUCUACGUUGUCGGUAAGAGUGAACACAUUUCCUGAACCGAGCAAGGGAAAGGUGACGGUGUUAGGGAAUUCCAGAGUGGGAACAGUGCGAGGGAAGAAACUGAAAGAAGUGUGACCUGCAGCGUGGCAGGAGAGUGGGUAGACGAAUGAUAAUCUUCUUGGUUCUUUCAGUAAAGUCACGUAGAAGGGAAAUAAUAAAAUUUUAA